AUGUCGGACAACGGCUCGCCCAAACCCGACCAGGCUCAACAGUCUGAGCACCUGAACAUCAAGGUCACCGACAACAACAACGAGGUCUUCUUCAAGAUCAAGCGCACGACUGCUCUCAAGAAGCUCAUGGACGCCUUCUGCGAGCGCCAGGGCAAGUCCCCUCAGUCCGUCCGCUUCCUGUUCGACGGCCAGCGUGUCAACGCCUCGGACAACCCUGAGAUUCUUGAGAUGCAGGACGGCGACACCCUCGAGGUCCACCAGGAGCAGAUCGGCGGUGGCUGCUGA